CAUUUGGAACUGUGGAACAAAAGAAGACAGUGAAUGAGUUAAUGUAGCAUCGAGCUUAAUAAUAAGCACAUAAGAGAAGAGAAGAGAAGAGAAGCUGAAAAAGCGAUUUUCAAUGAUGAAGAGAAUCGCUGUGAAUUGUGGCCAAUUGGGUGUCACCCAUUCUUCUCCUACCUCUACACAUUCAUGCAAUAAACGUCCUUCCCGUUUAAUGGUUUUUGCUUCUUCAUGGCUUCCUUAUGCUACCUAUAACAACAGCAACACCUUCAUUGCUUCUGCUUCUUCUUCUUCCAUUAGUGGUGGUUCAGAGCAAUUGUUGGAUGUGGGAUCAAAGAAGAAAAGGAAAGAGAUAGCUGGAAUAGAUCAAGAUGAAUUAGUGGAUCCAAAGCUUUUAGCUGAUCCAGAUAGUUGUUUUUGUGAGUUCAAAGGAGUUCAUAUACACCACAAAAUUUAUGAGGCUGAAUCCAAUUCCCAAAACCAGAUUAAUGAUGUUUCUCAACAAUUUAACAAGCUGUGUUUGCCUAUGAUUCUGUUACAUGGAUUCGGAGCCUCUGUUUUCUCUUGGAAUAAAGUUAUGAAGCCUUUGGCUGAGGCUACUUGUUCAAAAGUUCUAGCUUUUGAUAGGCCGGCAUUUGGAUUGACAUCAAGGGUAAACUUAUCUUUUGGAACAGGAGAUGCAAAACCUCUAAAUUCAUACUCCAUGGCGUUUUCGGUGCUUGCUACUUUGCACUUCUUUGAUUUAUUAAAAGCCGAGAAGGCAAUUUUAGUCGGGCACUCAGCUGGUUCACUUGUAGCGGUGAAUACAUAUUUCGAAGCUCCUGAACGGGUUGCUGCUCUAAUCCUAAUUGCCCCAGCAAUUUUCGCUCCACUUACUACACCCAAAACUGUUAAAGAGAAUCAAUCAGGACAAGAUAAUCAAAUGAAAGAAGACAACAGUUCUAUCAGAAGAAAUCCGAUUGUUGAACUUUACAAUUCUUUGUCCAAGAUUAUCAAGAACAUUGUGAAGACAAUAACAGAGAUGAUGAAGCCGAUGAUAAAUAUACUCAACUCUCUGUAUAGGAAACUGUUAUCAACUAUCCUGCGUUCUUCCCCUGCGAUAAUGCUGGUAAGAAUGGCAAUUGAUAAGUUUGGUACUGCUGCAGUUCGAAAUUCAUGGUAUGAUCCAAAGCAGGUCUCUGAAUAUGUCCUUAGUGGUUAUACAAAGCCAUUGAGGGUUAAGGAUUGGGAUAGGGCACUGGUGGAAUUCACUGCUGCAAUGCUUCUGGAUGAGGAAUCUAAUACAAAGCCAGCAAUUUCUAAAAGACUUAAUGAAAUAUCUUGUCCUGUUCUGAUUGUUACUGGUGAUAGUGACCGACUAGUUCCUUCAUGGAAUGCUGAGAGACUUUCAAGAAUCAUACCAGGAGCAACGCUUGAAGUAAUUAAGCAAUGUGGCCAUUUGCCACACGAAGAAAAAGUGGAGGAGUUUCUCUCAAUUAUUGAAAACUUUCUAAGGAAAUUAGCAGGCGAUUCAAACAAACAACAUCUACAAGCCGUACUGUGAAAUUUGUACGACUCAGGCUUUACUUCAUCGAAAAUACAUAUAAUACAAGAAGACACUAAUGCAAUUGAUCAGGUGGAUGAAGAUCAUUUGAAGGUGUAUUGAUACAUAUACUCAUUAAAUUCGUCGUCAAGCGUGAUGAGACCAGCAAAUGAAAAGCUUGGAAGUGGAAAAGUGUCUAUAAAAAAUGAAAUAAAUUUUAUAUUACAUUAUAGUGCUAGCUUUCUAUAGUCCUUGAAGAGAUCUUUAUGUUAACCUGACUGAAUGAUAUGUAACUCCAUUUAUAGCAUAGGCUGUGAGGUCUAUCAUAGAGGUCUCAGGAUAUAACCAGACGUACCAUUUGAUGAAUAAUCUAUAAAUUAUGUAGUCAAUUUCUGAAGGGGAGUGAAGUUGAUUAUCCAGUCAUUCAAUUUAUUAAA